AUGGACGAGGAGUACGACGCCAUCGUGCUGGGCACCGGCCUCAAGGAGUGCAUCAUCAGCGGCCUCCUGUCCGUCGAUAAGUACAAGGUGCUGCACAUGGACAGGAAUGCCUACUACGGCGGCGAAUCGGCGUCCCUGAGCAUGUCACAGCUGUGGGAGAAAUGCGGGAACGGCGGGUCGCCACCGGCCUCGCUGGGCGCCAAUCGCGACUACAACAUCGACAUGGUGCCCAAGUUCAUCAUGGCCAACGGCCAGCUGGUGAGGGUGCUGAUUCGGACCACCGUGACGCGGUACCUGGAGUUCAAGGCCGUGGACGGCAGCUAUGUGGUCAACAAGGGGAAGGUCAACAAGGUGCCCGCGACGGACAUGGAGGCCCUCAGGUCGUCGCUCAUGGGCGUGUUCGAGAAACGGCGAGCCAGGAGCUUCUUCAUCUAUGUGCAAGAAUACGAAGAGAAAGACCCCCGCACACACAAGGGCCUGGACCUCAACACCAUGACCAUGGCACAAGUCUACGCCCAUUUCAAGCUGGAACCCAUGACCAUAGAGUUCAUCGGCCAUGCCCUUGCGCUGCACAGGGACGACUCGUACUUGGACAAACCAGCCCUGGAGACAGUGAAGAAGGUUAAGCUGUACCAUGACUCAUUGGUUCGCUAUCCAGACCUAAGGUCGCCAUACAUAUACCCCCGGUAUGGACUCGGAGAGCUGCCCCAGGCCUUCGCCCGGCUGUGUGCAGUGUACGGCGGCACGUACAUGCUCAACAAGAGUGAUGCAGAGGUGGUGUAUGAUGACAACGGAAAAGCUGUGGGUGUGAAGAGUGAGGGGGAAACCGCAAAGUGCAAGUUUGUGGUGGGCGACCCCAGCUAUUUCAGCAACAAGUACAAGAAGACAGGAGAGGUCGUCCGUGCCGUUUGCAUACUGAAUCACCCCAUACCAAACACCGACAACGCCCAUUCCACCCAGAUCAUUCUCCCCCAAAAGCAGAUAGGAAGGCGGUCGGAUAUGUAUGUCUUCUGCUGCUCCUAUGCACACUGUGUGGCCCCACAGGGGAAGUGGAUUGCGUUUGUGAGCACCACUGUGGAGACUCAGAACCCUGAAGCAGAGCUGGCUCCUGGCCUGGCCCUGCUCGGGCCCAUUGAGGAGCGCUUUGUGCAAGUGACCCCCAUCUAUGAGCCUCAUGAGGAUGGCAAAUCGGACAACUGCUUCAUCUCCAAGGGUUAUGACGCUUCCACCCAUUUCGAGGACACUGUGAAUGACGUCAUCGAUUUGUACCAACGCAUCACUGGAAAGGUAUUGGAUCUGAGCUCAGAAGACCCGAUGGUGGCAAACACUGAAGUGUAG